AGCACACACGAAGAAAAAUAAGGUAUAUCGGUAACGUGCUAGUUCUGACUAUAGCUUAUUUAUUAAAAGCAAAACAGGGAUGGAAGACAAUAUCAAGACAAAGGGUCAGUGGUCAGACAGAGAGGUAUUUGACUUUCUGUCUGUGUUGAACAAAGACCACAUCAAGAGAGAUACAUAUGCAACAACAAGGAACAAAGUGAAGGUAUUUCAGGAAAUUUCCUGGCUCAUGUUCGAGGAGUAUGGUCAUUCCCGCACCCCAACCCAGUGCAGGGAUAAAUUUCGAAGAUUGAAGAAGAGUUACAGGGAGGCGAAGGAGCACCGCAGAAAUAUGAGUCCUUGUUGGGAACCGGAUUGUAACUGUCUGGAGUUUAUACCAGAGCUAGACUCACCCGUGCGAGCCCCAAAACCUCCACCUCCCCCUAUGCUUCUGACAGGCCCCUACAAUCCAUGCCCUCACACUGGUGGUUUUGCCAGCACUGAGGAGUCUGUCUCUGGAAUGCUGCCCAAAAAUCCCCCAGCCACUUCACCUUCUUCAGAGUCGAAACCUGUGACUUCAAGUCAGGUGUUGGUGGAAUCACUUGUGCAAGCUGUGACCACUCCACGCCCUCGCGUUGUGAAAGAAGUAGUUUGUGUAGUCGGUGGGGGGAUUGUCCCUGGAAUGCUGCCCAAAGAUCCCCCAUCCACUUCGCCUUCUUCAGAGUCGGCUCCUGUGAUAUCAGUGCAGGUGUUGGAAUCACCUGUGCAGGCUGUGAGCACUCCACGCCCUCACACUGUAACAGACGUGGUUUGUGUAGUCGGCGGGGAGUCUGUCUCUGGAAUGCUGCCCAAACAUCCCCCAUCCACUUCGCCUUCUUCAGAGUCACCUGUGAUCGCUUCAAGUCAGGUGUUGGAAUCACCUGUGGGAGCUGUGACCACUCCACUACUCCCUCAUGCUCUUUUUGCCAGCACUGAUCCCCCAUCCACUUCGCCUUCUUCAGAGUUGGCACCUGUGAUUUCAAGGCCAGUGUUGGAAUGGGUGUUGGGUGCUCCCAGAGGCCCCUACUGCACAUGUGCCACCACCAACCCCCCAAUAGUAAAAGACGGGGUUUGUGUAGCCUGUGGGGAGUCUGUCUCUGGAAUGCCGUCCAAAGAUCCUCCAUCACCUUCUUCAGAGUCGCCACCUAUGAUUUCAGUGCAGGUGUUGGAAUCAACUGUGGGAGCUGUGACCACUCCACGCCCUCAAGCUGGUGAGUGUUAA